AAUGAUAUACGAAUAGGAAGAAGUCUUCUCUAAUUAUCAAAAUGAUGAAAUUACUCCACAAGAAGGGUUACUAGGAGCAGUUAGAGAUCUAAAACGUAUGUACAAGAAGGAAUUAAAAAGAAUAAAAAAAACUAAGUAGUUAAAACAGUUAUCAUAAAGUGAACUUCGUGAAUAAACUUAAAAAAUAUUUUAUUAUUAUGAAUAAUUAUUAGAAUAGAAGGAAAAAUGUAAAUAAAAUGAAUAAUCUGAUCUUAAUGAUUAAGUCAUCCUUUCUGUUGAAAAAACUUAAAAAUAAAACUACUUGAUUAAAACACAAAAAGGAAAACAUUAUUUAUGUUAGUGUCAUUAAAUGGCAUUUCUAACAAAUUAAGAAUUAGGUGGCCAUUUAAGAACACCUAAAUGA